UCGAACAGGCAAGGCGGUGUUGCAGACUUUGAGUUCACGCUCUGCUUCAACUAUGGCCCAUAACAAAAUUUAUUACUCAGACAAAUAUUGUGAUGAUUACUAUGAAUAUAGACACGUUAUGCUACCAAAGGAAAUAGCCAAAUUGGUUCCAAAAAAGACAUUAAUGUCAGAGGCCGAAUGGCGGAGGAUAGGAGUACAACAGAGUCAGGGCUGGGUGCAUUAUAUGAUACAUGAACCAGAACAACACAUCCUGCUAUUUAGGCGACCAGUCACAACUCCCCCACCGGAAUAUUAGGCGAAGAAGCAGUGAGUGGGCAGUUAGUGCUUAUACCCAGUUUACCAUCAGCCUUUGUGGGAGGUUACCGUGAUGGUGUUCUUGGGGGCGUUACUUUUACUGCUGUUGCGCCGCACAUUUACACUACUCUGGGUGGAGCCAUCUCUCUAGUCCCCACUAGAGCUCCUGUUGGACUCUGUAUCUUUGCUGACCGCUCAGCUGCUUUGUGGACUGUACUCUGGGAUGACCUGUAUAUAUGUGCAUAGUGAACUGGAGAUUUCUUUAAUGUGACUCAUCUGUCUGUUUCUUCCCUUCUGUCUUCACUCUCUUGUGUAUGUGUCUGCUUUCAUCAUGCAGAAUAAGAUCUGGUUCAUUCAUUUUCUAUCACCAACAUUUUCACUCUAUAUGAAUCAUGGCUUAUUCCAAAAUUUAAAAGUUAUUAAAAUUCACUGUUUAUGUAAAAUGUAGUGUGAAAACAAGAAUUUUGGAUUAAAACUUUACAACUACCAUCAUGUCACUGGAGCGUCUUGCAAUAAACU